AUGUCGGCAUAUGCUUAUGAACGGCACAUAGCCGAACUAGCUGUUCUACGUGCCUCGAUUCUCACAAAACGGGUCCAAUCUGGCGUUUCUGAGAUCCCCAAGGAAGACAACUCACCCGUUACCAUUGCAGACUUCGCAGCGCAGGCUCUUAUUAUCAAGGCUCUUCAUCACGCCUUUCCAAAUGAUAUGUUCUUGGGGGAGGAAGAUUCGGCUGCUUUGAGGGGCGAUGAGAAACUUCGGGACAAAGUGUACGAUCUUAUACUGGCUGCAGAAGAUGUGAUCAACCUACAAGAUUCGGGAAAACCUUUACCCAAGCCAGAAUCUAUCGAAGAAAUGUUGGACCUGAUAGAUCUUGGCGGUCACAAGACCAGGUGUAAGGCGGGGAGGUUCUGGGUGAUGGACCCAGUCGAUGGAACUGCUGCCUUUCUAAAGGGUCAGCAAUAUGCUGUUUCUUUAGCUCUCAUCGAAGACGGGAGGGAGGUCAUCGGGAUAAUAGGCUGCCCAAACAUCAGCGCCGAGAUGACCAGAAUUACAGAAAACGAGGUCGACAAGACGGGACUGGGUAUUAUGCUCACGGCCGUCCGAGGGCAAGGCUCAGCAAUCCGCACCAUGACCUCAAUCGGCCUAGGACAUUCUAGCCCGUUGGAAACGCUACGACCCUUGAGCUCCAAGCAGCUUCACAUCAUUGACUGUGCCGCUGCUGUGACCUGCCGCCACGAUGUUAUUGCGAAACUAGCGGACAAGUUUGAGACGACUUUUCCCAAUACGGAGAUAUGGUCAUCCCAUAUUCGAUAUGCGGCGCUGAUCGUUGGUGGCGGCGAUGUGCAUUUUCUGAUUCCUGCAGGUCCGGCAACCAAGAUGCCCAUCUGGGAUCAUGCGGGCUCGCAAUUGAUUUUCACAGAGCUUGGUGGAAAGGUGACAGACUUGGAUGGGAACGAAAUCGACUUCUGCGCAGGGAGAGAUUUGAACCGUAACAGGGGUUUGGUUGUAGCUAGGGGAGGUAUUCACGAUCGUAUUCUAGCGACAAUGAAGACUAUCCUAGUCGAGGAAAGAUGUUGA